AUGGAUAAAAUAUUUGCACCAGAAUAUUUUGAUAUUAUUUUUAGAUUUCUUCCAACUAAUAAAGAUUUGCAUUCUUGCCUUUUGGUUAAUAAACAUUGGGCUACAUGCGCCGUUCCAAUUUUAUGGGAAGCACCCUUCAAAAGUAAAGACAAGCAUAUUAAAUUUUUCAAAGUGAUAAAAAUCUAUCUUGCAUUUAUACCAGAUAGUACUUUUCUCAGAUUAGGAUAUAAGAGAAGAAUUCGGCUGUCGAUUGCUAGGCCUCUUUUGUUUAACUAUCCAUCAUUUCUUAAAGAGCUUUCAUAUGAUCAAUUCAUUAAUUCAGCUAUAGAAAACAAAUGCAAUAAAGAUAUUAUAAUUGAAUUAUUUAAAAUGUUUAUUAUGCAUGAAGUAAGAUUACGCAGACUUGAUGUCCAUAGCCGGCUUAAGUAUGAUACUAAUGACCCAAAAAAUUUAAAGUCAUUAGUUCUCACUCAUUUUUUAUGCACUUCAAUAUUUAAUAAAUUGACCUAUUUCAACUGCAGCUAUAAAUGGAUAGAACAAAACAUACAACUUUUUAAUGCCAUAGCGGAGAAUUGUCAUAAUAUUGAAAACCUUAAAGCUAGUAUUUAUUCUGAAAAUGAAGGAAUAGCUUUAGCGGCUCUUAUACGCUCUCAAAAGCAUUUAAAAAAGUUCUCACUGAUUGGCAGUAAUUUUGCAUCAUUUCCUGUUAAAGUUCUCUUGGAUCCGGAACAUUCACUUAAAAGUGUAACAUUUAAAGCAAUAGUUUUUUCUUAUACUACUUGUCAAUUAAAUAGUAGAGCUAUCAAUGUACUGGCUCAGUGUACAAAGAUCGAUAAAUUGAAGUUUAAAAGCUGUGACGUGCUAAAUUCAUAUGUACUUGACACUGCCUUUUCGAACUUAACAUCUUUCGAAUAUUCUUAUGAUGCUUUUAACAUUAUAAAAAACAUGCCUCUUAUUAAAUUAUUAUCUGAUCUCAUUAUGAAAAGUUGCAAUACACUUAAAAGAAUUAAACUUGAUUGGUAUACAAAUUUUCAUUUCAAUCUUAUUAAUUUUGUUGAAAUUAAUAAAUUUCAUCACGAUAUUACUCAACUUGUUGAAAUUAUUACGCACAACGUGAUAAACCUUGAAUAUUUAACAAUUCCACUUUAUUCAUUGGAACAACUUAUUCAAAUUCACAGAACUAAUACUCCAUUAAGGAGGCUUGAAAUUUACCUUGAUAGAAAAAUAAAUCUAUAUAGUGCUCUUUCUCUUUUUGCAAAUAGUCCACUCAAAAGCCCUAAAUAUUCAAUUCAAUUGUCCUUUGAUUGUAUAGAAGUUUUCACAAUCCAACUAUUGGAUCAGUUCUUUGAAUCUAUUUUUUACAAAAGUAAUCGAAUUGUUGAUGUUGUUUUACAUUUAAGUAAAAAUUCAUGCUUUUCAAUAGAGAGAAAAGAGUUACUUUUAAAAAACUACCCUAGACUUAAGAUUACUGCCGCGA